CGUACCCACUUCAACGGCGACACUAAAAUAGUGUUUAUAGAUCUAUUCUUGAGCUCAAACUGGGUUUUAAUAUCUUUACAAAUGGACGAAAAUAUGUUAAAUCAUUAAGUCCAUCGCCAACGAUCUUGAGCAGUCUGUUUGGAAGUUGACCUGUCUGCAUUGUCGUGAAUUAAUGAUAAAGAAGACAGGUCAUAUUGCUCUUGGUUUUGGAUGCGAUUUAGAUAGUGUUUUUCCUGCUUGGAAUUUUUCGCUCUGACACUCAGUCGCGGAAGUCGAUCCUUAAUCUGAUGCACACCUGCACGAUGAUGUCACAAAUGUUGGGUUUAGCUGUUGGACUUCUCUUUUUCCAGAGAAAGGUAUUCAGUUGCAAUGAAAAUUGCUCCUGCAACAACUCCAUGGUGUAUUGUACAAAUGUAACCUUGGCGACAGUUCCAUCGAAUCCUUUGUAUGAUGUCAAUGAUGAGCAGCCUGAAACUGAUAAUGUAUUGACAAGUAAAAACGUUUCUUCUCCAAAAAUUAGUAUUGCUUCGUCGUCAUCUCCAUCUCUCUUCGAGGAAAGCAUUAUUCUACAAAGUUUCAUCUUCAUUCUCAGUAUCUCAGCUGUCCUGGUUAACACUUUAACUAUGACGGUGAUUUUUUCUAAAUACCAGCUUAGGUCUCUCAGUACUAUGUACUUAGCUGGACAUGUCGCAGUCUGUGAUCUCUUGAUUGCACUUUAUUUAUUGGUUGCUGUUAUUCAUACUGCCGUCCUCUCCAUUGUAGAUGAGGAAACAGAGCAAUACUAUGAUAUUUGGUGGAGAUUUAUCUGCCCGCUGAUAAUUUCAAUUCGUUCCAUCGGGCAACUCGUGGAGCCAGUUGUUUUGUUCUUCUUGACGUUAGAUCGCUACAGACGCAUAGUAAACCUUUCAAAGCCUCCUCUGCGCCACAGAUCUUUCUCCAUAGCAACUAAAUUGCUAUGGUUUUCUGCAGUUGUUGUUGUUUUUGCAAGUUUAUCCACGCUGAUUGGAAAACAAAGCUUCUCUGGAGCUUUAUGCUCACGAGUCGACACAUCGGGGAAAUCUAUUGACUCUUACGUAGAGAGAGCACUAAUUGCAAGUAGCUCUAUAUUGUUCAUUACGUGCUGUGGCAUGUACCUGCGGAUAUACAGAGUGGUAAAAAACCAGAAUCAGCGGAUGAGAACACAAGCUUAUUUACGAGUGUCUAAAGUAAUAUUUGUCCUCAUGUUGAGCACUCUUGUGUUAUGGUUCGUUCCCGCCAUGGUAGUGGCUUCAAUCGGACGUCAGGACUCCAUGAGAGAAAUUAGACAGCUGAUAAUCUUGUCUUCAUUCACAAUAAACUCGCUGGUUAAUCCUUUGAUUUAUGUGUUUAGAGAAAAGAAAUUCCAACGAGUUGCCUUCUCCUGGUUAAAUCGCACAUCUUCAAAAAGAAGAGGAAUACUUGGCGUCAAUAAGGUAACCUCCUUAAGAAAUGCUGCUGUGAUAAAUGAAAAUGAUGUAACAAACUUUGGAAAUAGCAAAAUGACAGAGCAAGUUUUCACCACUUCACUCUAAAAAUAAAACCAAAAUGAUAAAUAACGAGCAUUUUCUAAUACUUAUCCAAAGGAGUAAAAGACAAAAUUUACAAAAAGGCUCCGUGCAGAUUGAGAACUAUCUCAGGUUGACUUGCAAACCUAUUGAACUCUAUUCAUUAAAUUAGAUUAACUUGUAAUCAUAAAUGUGUACAAUUUAUACUUUACAAUAAACUUGAGUGUCCCUUUGUCAAAGGUUUGAGAAAAAAUAACAGUGUAAUUUGUUUACGCAGCACGUUAUGGGUUUUCAACCUUGGAAUUACAACGAAGGGAUUGCAACUUACUAAAGUCUUUCUUACGGCUUUCGCCGAGAGAAUUCUAGACACUCAUAAUAGCAGCUGACGAUUUAUAGUACGGUUGUCUCCGAUGAAACGGGUCGAUAGGUUCUGAAUUUAUUGAUCCAGCAUUACUCAAAGGCAUUGAGUAAUACAUAAAGCUAGAAUUUUUUAUUAGAAUGGUUCAUUGAUAUGCAGUAAAGAAAGUAAGUUACAUUAAAGACACUGAAUCGACUUUUUCAUUCAAGGUUGUAACCUUACUCAUUCAGCAGAGAAUGAGACAAACAAGGAAUAAACCACAUUUCAGUGGUGACAAAGUAUUGUGUCUUGAAAAUAAAUUCCCAUUUUAAAUGAGUUAAAGACGCCCCCAGCUAAGUACUAAAUCUGCCGUAUCUUUAUUAUUAUGCGGGCUAUAAAUUGGCGCUAAAAUAAUUUUAGAUAUAGAAAUCAAACGAAAAUCGAUGGGGGUCCAGCCAUCAUCCUUCCAUUUGCACAAGGCCAGGUUGUCACGUUGCGUGUACGCCUUGGGGUUAAUUAAAACAAAUUCCUUCUUUUCGACAAAACUAAAGUGGGUAGCUAGACAUCUAAUUAACUUAAAUUUUAUUAAGUCAAAUAGUAAAUUCCACAGUGUAUGUGUAAAAAAUUGAAUGCUAAUAGUAUUUUUGAACGUUCUUUGGAACAGAGUCGAAUUAAGUUUAUCUAUGAGUU